CUCUUCACUUUCCAUGUUUUCUUCUUGACUUUUGUUUUAUACAACAAAACAGCAUUAUAACGAUAAUAAAGAGAUAAGAAGAGAGAAUGGCGUCGCAUUCUGCUUCUGUGGCCUUCGCGCCUCUGCUCUCGUCUCUCGCAAACCUGCCUCCAUCGCUCACCUCGAUGCUCAACAGCUCUCACAUCACCGUUCAGGACGUCGUCCUCGAGCUCAACUUCAAGUCCAGCAAACGCACCCUCUCCGCCUUCUGCGGCUGGACCGGCUUCUCCUCCCUCACCCACGACCGCUCUCAGACCGACUUCAUCGAACUUGAUCCCGCAUUUGCCAAAUCCAUCGGCCUCUCAGAAUCCACCCGCGUCCGUAUCACCGUCCAUGUCAGUCCUCCCGAAGCCCACGUCGUGCACCUAGAGCCCGCUUCUUCCGACGACUGGGCUGCCGUCGAACUCCACUCCGGCAUGCUCGAGACAACAAUCCUCUCACAGAUCAGAGCCAUUUCUCCUUCACAGCCCGUCAUCCUGCACGUCACUCAGACAAUGAACGCAACUCUGAAUGUCACGUCUAUCGAACCACCGCUAAGCAAGCAGCUUCUCUUUGCCAAACUGUCGCCAAACGCAGAGAUCGUCGUCGCGCCUAAGCCGGCUCAAAAGACCGCUCCAAAGACCGCUCCAAAGACACCCGCCUCGGUACAAGGCAAGAAGAGCGUCUCUGGCAGUUCUCGCCGCCCUACCGCCACCUCUGACAGCCACUCUGUCUUUCGCUCAAUCGCACUUCCUCAUCCCUAUUUCGACGACGAAGAAGACGAACUCCAAGACGAAGAUGAUUGCGUUUUCAAAGAGUACAAGUCGCAAGAUGGUAAGCUGGCUCUCUACGUCGAUACAGAGACACUUGCUCCUUCACUACGAACCGCUCAGCACGUGUACAUCUCCCUUGUUCAUGCGCCUCUUUUAUCAGAACAACCACCCGUCCCUGCCUCUCCGCAACCCGCAGACGAAGAAAACAACCAGCCGUCCAUCGCCUCGAAAAUAGUCGUCGAAGUCAUCCACUCUCUCGCAUUCCCUCCUUCUACCGUCGGCAUAUCUAAACGCGCAGCUAUAGCAUUGGGACUCAAAGAUCUCGUCAAACCUCAUAUUCUCAAAGUCGAGUCGGCUGGAAAACCGUUGUCGAGACAACCCAAGAAAAUAUACAUUGUCCCGUUUGCCGAUCCAGCUGCGAAAUCGGAGAUCAAAGUCGGAGGCGACAAAUCAGAUCUGUCUCUAGAGUUCUUGCGAAAACUAGCGCUUCUCGAUGGACCUCUCUCGAAUAGACAACGGUUACCGAAAUCGGAUCCGAUAUUGCCAUUCGGUGGGUAUGUCGAGUUCGAGCUGGCUGACGGCUGGAUUCUCACAUCACAGUCCUCAUCUUCCGUCUUUCAGUUGAGAAAUCCGGUUGCUCCAUUCGAGGGUGCCAUCAUAGAAAGUACAAAUUACCCUGAUCUGCGUGACGUACGUCUCUUUGGGGUCGACAGCUCCAUUCAAACGAUUGAAAAGAGUCUGAGACAUGGUGAAGGAGUGCUACUAGCAGGUGCAAGUGGCUCGGGAAAGAGUGCUAUUGUGGACCGCGUCUGUGCAGGUCUUGAUAGAGAUCUGAUCUACAACUUCCGAGUUCAAUGCUCAGAUUUCACCGAGUCACGAUUGCCCGUCAUAAAAGACCAACUUCUGAAAUGGUUCGCUACAGCAUCUUUCUACGCCCCUGCAGUGAUAAUCUUCGAAGACAUCGGCUCUCUAUUCCCAGAAGAGCUCGAACACGUCGACGCAUCUCGAACAAGGCUUCUCACCGCCCUCUUUACAAAAUACGUUCUCUCCACCGCCCGAGCCCGAAAAGUCACGAUAUUAGCUACCGCAUCGGGGAAAGAUACUGUCCAUAGCGCAAUCACAUCCGGGAACGUCAUCAGCGAGAUUGUAACGCUUAAAGCACCAGACAAAAUGAUCCGGCGACAAAUCCUUAGCGAAAUCCUGCGACGAAACGGCAUUGUUGAAGACAGCGCUGACGGGCAACCACUCGAUGUGUUUGCUGUUGCUGAUAAGGCCGAAGGAUACCUCCCAGGCGACCUCCGCAUUCUCACCGACCGCGCAAAGCAUGAGUCGCUCGUUCGCACCCUCGAAAGUCCUGACUCGUCCGCCGCGCUUACGAACCUCGAUUUCACCGCCGCGCUGUCCGGAUACACCCCUGCUUCUCUUCGAGGCGUGAAUCUCCAGACUCCCUCAACUACAUGGGCCGAGAUAGGCGGUCUCCACGAAACGAAGCGCGUGCUCCUUGAAACUCUAGAGUGGCCCACAAAGUACUCUCCCAUCUUCGAAUCAUGCCCCCUCCGCCUGCGCUCAGGCCUGCUUCUCUACGGCUACCCCGGCUGCGGCAAGACCUUCAUCGCCUCCGCCGUCGCUCGUGAAUGUGGCCUGAACUUCAUCACAAUCAAAGGCCCCGAGAUCCUCAACAAGUACAUCGGCGCCUCUGAGAAAAGCGUCCGCGACCUCUUUGACCGCGCACAAGCCGCCAAGCCCUGCGUGCUUUUCUUUGACGAAUUCGACGCUAUCGCACCUAAGCGCGGCCACGACAGCACAGGCGUCACAGACCGCGUGGUGAACCAAAUGCUAACCCAAAUGGACGGCGCAGAAGGUCUCGACGGCGUCUACGUCCUCGCCGCGACAUCGCGUCCGGAUUUGAUUGAUUCGGCGCUCCUGCGGCCCGGGCGUAUCGACAAGAGCUUGCUCUGCGAUAUGCCAAACUUGGACGACCGCGCAGAUAUCCUGAGAGUCGUGGCUACAAAGAUGAAAAUCGACGAGGAUGAAGUCGAUUUACUAGACAUCGCGGGCGCGACAGAGGGAUACUCUGGCGCGGACCUGCAGGCGCUGGUUUACAACGCUCAUCUGGAGGCCAUCCACGACGUCGUCGACAGUAAGCUUGAAGCAACGAUGUCUGCUACUGAUGCACAUAGUACCCGAAACGGAGAGGUUCGUGAUAUCGAGUACUUUGAUAUUCUGUACGAUGAGACAAGCAACGCCAAGCGUCUCCAACCCCACAACUCACACCUCACAUCCUCUCGCUUACGCUCUAUCCUCAACCCUUCCAGCAAUCCACAAUCCGACACCUCCGAACCGGGAACGAAAAAAUCAAGCACGCCAGAGAUCUUGAUCAAGUACAAACACAUCUCCAAAGCGCUGGAGUCGACGAAGCCUAGUAUCUCGCUCAAGGAGAGAAAUCGUCUGGCGGCUGUCUAUCAUGAGUUUAUCUCGGGAAGAAGUGGUGAUAUGCCUAGCGGAACGGCUAGCACCGAUAUCGGCGGGCGCGCGACGCUCAUGUAAGAUACAGAUAUACGGUAUAUAUUAGAGAU